UAGUUCAAACAAAAGUCACAUGGCACAGUGUAUCAUUAAAAACUCACUAACAAAUUCAACACAGGUGUGAAAACCUCAGUGUCAAAAGUAAGAUUAUUAUUGAUAAUGUCUUCAUUACGGAUGAUGUCAGCAAAUGACAUUAAAUGUUCAAUCAAAUCAAAUGGUUCAAAACUUAAAGCACAGCUGUUUAUUUUUAGUCUCACAAGUAAACAUCUGGUAUGGAAGAAAUGAAAAAAAGUUGUGGUCAGAUCACAGUUCCGCUCACUCUGCAUCUGACUGCUGAGUCUUUUUUCAAGCGUCACCAUGAAGAUCAUACAGCUUCACAUCUAUCUACUUGUGUGCUGUGGAGCUGCAGAAUGUUUCACAGAGAAGUCUGUAAAUUUGGGAGAAGAUGUGACCCUAAAGUGUGAGGUGUCUGUUAAAGAUGUGUUCUGGUUCCUGAUGAAGCCGUCAGAACCUCCAGUGUUUAUAUUACGCUCUUAUUCAAGUAAAACUGUGGACGCUCAUUACAGUAACCCAACCUUCAGGAAGAGAUUCUCAGUGCAGUAUAACAGCAGUUUAUUUAUACACAAUAUCAGUACUAAAGAAUUAGGAGUCUAUUAUUGUAUUCAAACUCAACCUGCUUCACUUCCCGGCAUCAGCAGUGGAAUCAGACUUUACAUCCAGAAUCAGACAACUGACAAUCGGGAGUCUGGUAUCAAGCAGCAGAAGAAUCAGACACUCGAUAAAGAUGAUGAAGUUGAUAAAGAUGAACUUUGGAGAAAUAUCGUGAUCGUUUCUGGAACAGCGGCCGGCCUUGUGAUGCUUUCUGUCACAGUCCUGUUCAGGAGCCAGUGUGGAAGAUCAAAUUCCCUCAAGUUCCACCUGCAGCCUCCAAACUGUGUAGAAGAGCAGCUCAGUGGUCCACAGAAAAGCUUCACACAAAUGCAGAAGGACGUCAUCUUCACUGUGGUAGAGUUUACACAGUUUCCCCCUGAGGCCUAAACAAAGGGCUGUGGUCAAGUCUGCACACCAACUGCAGCUCAGGCAGCAUGUGUGCAUUAUGUGCUUGUCUUUUGUGAUAAAAUUGCCUCUGAUGUGCUCUUUUACUGAAACUAAACUCAAACUGAAUAUUCG